AUGGUUCGGAUUGAUUCUCACAUAGCCGUUUCCAUCUCCCUCAAUUACCUAUAUAAUCCAAACCCCCUCCAAGUUUCAGGGGACGACGUUACUCUCUCUUUUCCAGUUUCAAGACUUCACUCUCUCUCCACCAUUUUAUCAGCUUCAAAACAAUUUUUCCCUCUCCAUCAUUCACUCUCCAUUUUUUCUGAUCUCUCAUCAUCUUCAUCUUCCUUUCAUUCAUUCACUUUUCUCUUUUUCCCUAUCUCUCUCACUGUAAAUUCCACCGUUCUUGACUCUUUAAAAAACCACAAAACUCCUUUAGUUCUCACCACAUCUCAUCAUCUUCUUCAAAGACUUCAACAAGAAUCUACAAGAACUUUGUACAUCAUCAGCAUCAUCUUCAAAGAUUUCAAAACAAAUCAUGCUCGGCUCAAGAACAAUAGUGCAUCACACCACAACACGCACCAACAAACGGAUCACGGUGCAGAACAGUCGAUUCAUAGAAGAAGAAGAUUGAGAGGAAGAGGUCACGCAUAUGAGUUAAUAGAUUCAAACUUAAAUACACCAGCACUACCAGAUUUCUGUUCAUCUUCAUCAUCCUCAAAGAGAACCGGACUUCUCCGCACCUCCGUGUAG